AAUGAGACCAGCUGCUGCCUAUCGACGAUAGCGUUCGAUUUGGUAUUUUAAUUUAGGAAUUUGUACUUUGUUGUUUUCAUGUUUUCCCCUUUGAAAUGGCCACGAAGCUAAAUGUAAAUAUCCGCACCCUGCUGACCAACUGCGAGGACCUGGCCAAAAGCGAGCACAACUUCUGGCGGCUGCAGAAGUUCAUCAAGUCCCUGGACACAAUGCUCGCCGAGCUGGAGGCGAUGGACGAUCCGCAGAGUGCCACCCGCAUCCCGGGCUACUUGGAGCGCCUAAGGGCCCUUAAGUUAUCCACCGGAUAUACAGAUGUCGCCAGUUCCACAACAAAUACUCCCGCGCAAUCCUCCUCAGUCAGCGAAACGGGGGAAAAUGCACUGAAAGAAAUGAGGCAGCUGCAGAACACCAAACAUCACAACGAACUGCGAAAGGAACUGCUGCAGGAUGCUGAUGCCCUGCGAAGACGUCGAGGAGCAGAUGAAUCCUCCACUAGCCCUGGCGGCGCAACCGUACAGGGAACUUCUGGGGAAGACAUGAACGAGGCUGCCAAGUAUUAUACGAAUGCCCAGGAGAAGAUCACCGAGCACAUGCUGUCGCUGACACGCAACUUGAAGGAGCAGACGGAGACUGCCAACAGGAUUAUCCGGAGAGAUACGGAGGUGGUGUCUCGUUCCGCCGGAAUGGCGGACCGCAAUAUCAAUUCGCUGGGGAAAGAGGCUGAGAAACUGGAGCAACAUUCGAAGAAAGCAUACAAGUGCUGGCUCUGGCUGAUGAUUGUCUUUGUAAUUGUCACCUUUAUAGGUAUGGUGUUAUUCAUGAAGAUUAUGAAGAAGAAGAAGGCGUAGAAACUGUUUCCAAACAAAUCAAACUAAAGAUUGUACUCCAAGCAAGCUUUAAACGCUCGUUAAGCUCCCGAGUUCAAGAGGUUAUCCCCAGAGCGCCCAAAUCGUGUAAACAGCUCCACAUUAAACGAUCGAAAGCCGCCCAGCGA